UGUGCCGACCCUUAUCUCUAACUGGUAGGACAGGAAAUAUCUAUACGUACUGCAUCAUUUCAUUAUCCAAAUAUGUGAUUCAUAUAUUUAAGUUCUGAGGCUUGUCGAUCUGUAGCGCCAAGUACCAAGUAUACAAUCUCAGUUGUACACGCACAAUCACAUAGCUAGCUAGGAAUAUAUUGCUGUAAUAAUAGGAAUGGAGGAAAAGAGGACAGUGUGUGUAACAGGAGCAUCAGGGUACAUAGGAUCCUGGCUUGUCAAGAGACUUCUGGAAAGAGGUUAUCAUGUUCGAGCCACUGUCCGUGAUCCUGGAGAUGAAAAGAAAGUGAAGACUCUGUUGGAGCUUCCGAAAGCAAGCACACAUCUGAGCUUGUGGAAAGCAGAUUUAGCUGAAGAAAAUAGCUAUGAUGAAGCAAUUCAAGGUUGCGAAGGUGUCUUUCAUGUGGCUACCCCCAUGGAACUUGUGCACCAAGGCCAAGAUGGGGAAGAAGAGAUAGAAUCAACAACAUUGAAUGGAAUACUAAGCAUUAUGAGAUCAUGCUCCAAGCCCAAAACUGUGAAGAGGUUCGUUUACACCUCAACUACAGGAACCAUUACUGUGCAGCCUCAACCCCCACUCCACGAGUACACCGAGGAUCUUUGGACCGAUGUUGACUUAUGCUAUGAACUUAAGAUGUAUGGAUGGAUGUACCUGGUAGCAAAAACUACUGCAGAGAAAGCUGCAUGGAAAUAUGCUGAAGAGAAUGGGAUUAAUAUGGUCACCGUUCAUCCUUCCAUUGUACUCGGCCAUUUUAUUACUCCUCAUACAAGCUUUAGUACUGAUGUCGCCACUGCCUUCUAUACUACUAACAUGGCUUUGCUAAAGAAGAUACACCGAUCUCCUGCGGUGCAUUUGGAUGAUGUAUGCAAUGCACACAUAUACCUGUUUGAGCAUCCUCUGGCCAAGGGAAGAUACAUUUGCCCCUCUCAUACUGUUAACUUAUUUGAAAUUGCGCAUUCACUUGGCCUCAAGUACCCAGACAGGAAUAUAGUAACCGAAUUUGAGGGCUUGGACAGGUCACCGAAGAUAAUCCCUUGUUCGUCAAAGAAGCUGAUGGCCCUUGGUUUUGAGUUUGCACACAAAAACAAGGACGUGGGCGACUUUUGCGCUGAAAUCAUCGCGCAAAGAAAUGGGUUUGCUCUGAUGAUAGAAAAGUUGAAUUUUCAAAUAUUUGAACUUUUUAAUGGCUUGAAAAUUUAGAUUUAUGAGGAAGUAUAAAGUAGCAUAGAUAAUUUGAAUUAUUGAAAUUUGAAACAUCGUUAAUGUCAAAAAAAUUUAACAUUUGCUGUA